AUUUUUUACCCUCAUUUUGAUACCUCAUCAAAAUUGGGUACAUAAUUUGGUAGUGGUUAAUUCGUAACUGAUAAAUACAGUUUUCGGUCAUUAAAAAGUUUGGAAUGAGUGAAAUUGUGUUUUAAUACGAGGACAACUAAGUGCGCUGCUGAUUUAAACACAGUAUCAGUGUUUUUGGUGCAUCAUGACGCAGUAUUUGCCACCAAACUUGUUGGCAUUAUUUGCUCCACGCGAGCCGAUUCCAUUUUUACCUCCUCCGGAUAAACUUCCACAUGAAAAGAAGUCCCAAGGCUACGCUGGGGUAGGAUCUUUCCUGAACUUGUUUGAGGAUCCGAAAGACACUCCGCCACCAACACGAGUCGAAACAAGGGAGGAACGGAUUGAGAGAAGACGCCGUGAACGAGCGGAACAAGUAGCAUAUAAACUUGAACGAGAAAUCGCUACCUGGGAUCCCAAUCAGCUGGUGGCGGCUACGGAGGAUCCCUUUAAGACACUGUUUAUCGCACGAAUUAAUUAUGACACUUCGGAAUCUAAACUGCGUCGCGAAUUUGAAAUCUAUGGCAACAUUAAGAAAAUCAUACUAAUCCACGAUAAGGACAAUGGCAAGCCAAGGGGAUACGCUUUUAUUGAGUAUGAACAUGAACGUGACAUGCACUCCGCUUACAAGCAUGCCGAUGGUAAGAAAAUCGAUGGUAAACGAGUGCUGGUUGAUGUCGAGCGAGCCCGAACCGUGAAAGGGUGGCUUCCGAGGCGUCUCGGUGGCGGGCUCGGUGGAACACGCCGAGGUGGAGCCGAUGUGAACAUUAAGCACUCGGGCAGAGAGGACAACGAGCGCGAACGGGAGCGCUAUCGGCUGGAGCGCGAGCGAGAGGAUCGCGAUCGGCGUGAACGGUUCGAGCCAAGAUUCGAACGGCGUCGUUCACGAUCUCGCGAACGCGACCGUCGUCGGCGGAGUCGUUCAAAGGAACGACGCCGACGACACAGCCGAGAACGGGAACACGAAGAACCCGAGCGUAAGGAGCGCUGGGAGAAAGAGCGGGAACGUAGUCGUGAGAGAGAUCGCGAGCGCGAUCGUGACCGGGAACAGCGGGAUCGCGAUCGUGACCGUGAGCGGGACAAGAAGCGAAGGCGUUCGCGUAGCCGGUCACGGGAUCGCGAUCGCGACCGCGCCGAAAAGAAACGCGACAAGCGAGACAAGGACCGAGAUCGGGAGCGCAAGGAGCGUAAGCCAGAGUUCCGCGAGGGAGAGAUUAAAAUCAAGGAGGAACCCUUGGAUGAUUAUCCCGAUUACAGCGCCCAGUAUCCGCACUAUCCUGCCCAGGUCAAAAACGAAGACGGGGAGGAGGAAAAAUAUCGACCUCACGAUCACGAGGAGGAAAAUGGUGGUGGUGGUGGUGGUGCCCCGCGAACGCGAACCGGCGAAAACGGUGCUCGCUAUAAUGCGAUGCCACAUGAUGAAAAUGCGUAUGACGACAGAUACGGAGGUUAUUAGGGUUGGGAUGUUUGAGGGAGUUUCCGUUUUUCUAGGGUGCGAUUAUGUGUUUCCUCAUUUUUGGCUAAUAACGUUCGGAUUCGCUAAAUGGUGGACAAUGACCCCACAUUUUUAACUAUUCUUCCAUUAUCCGACAUCUCUUGGAACAUUUUAGCUUAGUAUGAGUAAAAAAACAAAAAGCAAACGUCGCUUUUCUCUUCCAGACGAAAUGACUGGAGGAAUUCUAGCAAAAUAAUUUAUUGUAUUUCAAAGAAAGAGUACCGGUAAUAGGCCAAUAAGCAUUAUGGCAAUAGCGGAUGCGAGAACAGAGCACUCUUUCCUAUGAAAGAGUGCUCUGUUCUGUUUUAGGGUCUAGGUGGGAAAAUAUUCGAGCACAAGAAAACUCAACUUUAUGUAAUUAUCUGCCAAAAGAAAAAAAUUUCGUAUUCUUUUUUUUUUAAAUUUCAUCUUCUAUUAAAUUAAGCGUUUGAGAGAAACACCAUUAAAUUGGCCAGAAAAAGUAGUGUGCUCCAAAUUAAGUAAGUACUAAAUAAAAACACAUCAGUGAUAAAUGCGA